UGAACAAAAAGAAAAAAUAAACAAAGCAGAGAAAAAACAGAACAGAGAGAAAGAAAGGGUUUUGGACUCUGAAAAACUCUAAGCUCAUUCAUUCUCUUCUCUCUUCUUAAGCUUUUUCUCAAACCCUAAUCUCAUGCAUUCAUUCAUUCCUUCCGAUCAGGUGCAAAUGACUGAGGGAUGCUGAUUAUGUGAUUUUUUUAAAUCAUGUAUCCCAAACGUUCUAGUCUAGAUGAUCCUGAUUCCCGGCCGGUGCGCACAAGUGAUAGGAUUAAGACUAGGCCACCAGCUUAUAACCGUGCACCAUUUUUGUAUUACAACUCAAAUCUUAGGCGCCCCAGGAAAAGCAAGAAUAAGACAAGAACAGCAGCUUCGCAGAUUGCUAAGAUGUUGCGUCCAGGGAAUCGGAAAGCACGUGAUUUGAAUACUAAUUCUGGCUCUGGCAACCUUCGGCGCUCAACCAGGGAGAGAAGGGUCAAUGUAAAUCUUAUGGAGUUUGCAGACAGCUCUGGAUCUGAGGAUGCAGAUUUAAUGAGACCCUCAUAUCGACCAUUGAGAAACCGGAUUAGCAACAGUGUCAGCCGGGAUGGUGUUGUAUCUUCUAAACGCAAAAGAACUGUGGAUACUAAAUCAGCACCUCGACGUGAAGGUCUACGGCCUCGUCGAUCGAAGGCUGCUGGUAGAGAAAGAUUAAUUUCAGAAUCAGAUGAUGAUCAAGACCUUUCAGAGGAGAAAGUUGAACAAGAUGAAACAGAAAAUGGAAAUGAUGUUGAAGAAAAUGAUGCAGAAGAUGGCCAUAAUGAGAUGGAGGGGGAUGCCGAGGGUGAAGAUGAAGGUGAGGAUGAAGGCGAGGAGGAGGAUGGCGAUGAUGAUGAAGAUGGUGAAGAAGAGCAGGAUGGAAGAAGGCGCUAUGAUCUUCGAAAUCGUGCAGAUGUUCGCAGGUUCUCUAUGGAGGAAGGGAAGGCACGGCCAAGGUCUCCUCGAAGAGUGUUACAUCAAGGUAUGGGAACUAAGGUCAACAGGGAUGUAAGGAAGGGUGGAUCAAGAGUUCACAAGCGCCAUCGCUUAACAAGGCCGGAAGAUUCUGAUGACUCCCUUCUUGUGGAUGAGUUGGACCAAGGCCCUGCUAUUCCAUGGGGUCGAGGUGGAAAUAGAUCUGGCCCACCUUUUCUUUUUGGGGGUGUCGACACACAUGGAACAACAGCUUGGGGAUUAAACCUUGCUGCAUCGGGUUGGGGUCAUCAGGGUGAUGCUUUUGCUACACUGACUUCAGGGAUUCAAACUGCUGGUCCAAGCUCUAAGGGAGGGGCAGAUAUCCAACCCUUGCAGAUUGAUGAUAGUGUAAGUUUUGAUGAUAUAGGUGGGCUCUCUGAAUACAUCGAUGCUCUAAAGGAAAUGGUUUUCUUUCCAUUAUUGUAUCCAGAUUUUUUUGCAAGUUACCACAUAACUCCACCUAGGGGGGUAUUGUUAUGUGGGCCCCCUGGCACAGGGAAAACAUUGAUUGCAAGAGCUUUGGCUUGUGCUGCUUCAAAAGCUGGUCAGAAGGUUAGCUUUUACAUGCGCAAAGGAGCGGAUGUGCUAAGCAAGUGGGUUGGUGAGGCCGAAAGACAACUGAAACUUCUAUUUGAGGAAGCACAAAGGAAUCAACCUUCUAUUAUUUUCUUUGAUGAAAUAGAUGGACUUGCACCUGUGAGAUCUAGCAAGCAAGAACAAAUUCACAAUUCCAUUGUGUCCACUUUGCUUGCUUUGAUGGAUGGCCUUGAUUCUCGUGGACAAGUUGUUUUAAUUGGAGCUACCAACAGGAUUGAUGCUAUUGAUGGAGCCUUGCGACGUCCUGGCAGAUUUGAUCGUGAAUUUAACUUUCCCUUGCCUGGUUGUGAGGCACGUGCUGAAAUAUUAGACAUUCAUACUCGCAAGUGGCAGCAUCCUCCUCUAGAGGAACUGAAAAAGGAACUUGCAGCUAGUUGUGUAGGUUAUUGUGGUGCUGACCUAAAAGCUCUCUGUACUGAAGCGGCCAUUCGUGCUUUCCGUGAAAAAUAUCCACAGGUUUAUACAAGUGAUGACAAAUUUCUAAUUGAUGUUAAUUCUAUCAGGGUAGAAAAGUGUCAUUUUAUUGAAGCAAUGUCUACAAUUACUCCUGCUGCCCAUAGAGGAGCUAUUGUGCACUCUAGGCCAUUGUCUCUAGUAGUUCAACCAUGUCUUCAGAGACAUCUGGAGAAAGCCAUGAGUACUAUAUCUGAUAUUUUCCCUCCAGUAUCUGUUGCAUCAGAAUUGUCCAAACUUUCAAUGCUUUCGUAUGGGUCUGCAAUUCCACUUGUAUAUCGACCUAGGCUUCUACUUUGUGGUGGUGAAGGCACAGGGCUGGAUCAUCUUGGGCCUGCGGUUUUACACGAACUGGAAAAAUUUCCUGUACAUUCAUUGGGACUUCCAUCUCUUCUGUCAGAUCCUAGUGCAAAAACACCAGAGGAGGCGUUGGUACAUAUAUUUGGCGAAGCUAGAAGAACAACACCAUCAAUUCUCUAUUUACCACAGUUUGAUGUUUGGUGGGAAACUGUGAGUACAUAUCUUGUAAAUUUACUUCUAAAUGAACUGAGCUGCAUGUGCAAAAUUUAUCUCAUUCUGAUGAGUUCCAUAAUUAUUUUAUUGCCUCUGAGUUUGAUUGGUUUACUGAUCAUGCAGGCUCAUGAACAGCUUAGAGCUGUUCUCCUGACUAUGCUAGAAGAAUUGCCAUCUGACUUGCCUAUCUUACUUCUUGGUACAUCCUCAGCUGCACUUGCUGAUGUUGAGGAAGUGCCUACUUCAGUUUUCCCUCAUCGCUCAGUUUAUCAAGUGAACAUGCCAUCUACCGAAGAUAGGACCUCAUUUUUUGAUCGUUUAAUAGAAGCUGCUAUGUCGAUAUUGCUGGAGCGAAUCAGCAAGAAAUCCCAGGAUACAGGACGCCUUUCAGAACUUCCCAGGGCACCAAAAUUGGCUAGUGGUCCAAAGGCGUCUGAGCUAAAAGCAAAGGUUGAAGCUGAGCAGCAUGCACUCCGUAGGUUGAGAAUGUGCCUCAGAGAUGUUUGCAACCGGAUAUUGUAUGACAAACGAUUUAAUGCCUUCCAUUUUCCAGUCUCAGAUGAAGACGCGCCUAAUUAUCGUGAUAUUAUACAGAACCCAAUGGACAUUGCGACCAUCUUGCAGCAUGUUGAUAACGGCAACUAUAUUACAUGUGCUGCAUUCCUGCAGGACGUUGAUCUUAUUGUUUCCAACGCAAAGGCUUACAAUGGAGAUGACUACAAUGGUACUAGGAUUGUCAGCAGAGCUUGUGAGCUCCGUGAUGCGGUGCAUGGGAUGCUCUCUCAAAUGGAUCCAGCACUGGCUGCAUAUUGUGACAAGAUUGCUAGCCAAGGUGGCCCAGUUCAUUUGCCUGACGAAUUAGGGGAUACUACAUUCCCUGCUACUCCUGUUGUACAGAUGGGCACCACUACUAGAAUGAGUGCUCGACUUCGUCAUGUCCAACCAGAGGUUAAUAUGGAUCAGGGUUACGAAGUAUUGAAGCGGACUAAGAAGAUUGGUGAUGGUGUACAUGCAGCAGACGACAAAUUGCAAGAUUCAAUACCGACAAACUCCUCCCAGGAGCAGCAUCAGGUGGUACAAGAAGAGGUGGAUUCUGAAAGAAUGGAGCCUGUAGCAAUGGAUGGAGAUUUUGAUGGAUCUUGUCCAAAUAACCUUGCUGAUAGUAGCAGCCUUCAUGAUAUCACGAUGCUAGAUGGUGAAUUUUCAAGACAAGUUGAGUCUGUCAAGCAGCAUUUCGUUAAGCGCACUGAAAAGUACAGCAUCCCACAACUUGAAAGGCUUUACACGAGAAUCAUGAAGGGUGUGUUUGAAACCAAAGAUAAAGGAUUGAAUGAUGAUGACCUCAAAACUUCGGUUUUGGGGUUUUUGUUGAAAUAUGUAGAGGAUGAUGCCAAUUUCUGACAACUGAGUUUUCCCUUUAUUCUCCGAUGAUUUAGAGAAAGAAAAAAAAAGGAAAGAUUUUUACUGUAAAGUCGGGAUAUUUUUUUUUUAAUUUUAAUUCAAUGUUAUUUGAUUGAGCACCAGAGUUCCUCUCUUUUUCCAUGACAGAAAGGUUCAAAUCGAUGUAUAGAGGAGUAAGCUUAUUCUUUCUAUAUAUUCAGUGAGAUUGUAAUUUUAGAUUAUCAUGAUUAGAUGUUUUAGUUUAUGCCAACAUACAAAAGCUAAAGGUAGCUAGAGAUUGGAAAUUUCAGCUUGAAUGGUAGAACCUCUUUUUAA